AUGUCUGUCCAGGGGGACGAGGUGGAGCUGAGCGAAGGAGCCGAAGAGGACGCGCUCUCAGCAUCUGGACCCCACGCGACCGAUGGCCUCGACGGCGGGGGCCCGACCGGGUCCGUUUCUGACAGCACGGACCCCAGGACCCCCACGCCCCCCUCGUCCAGGUCUCCCCUCCCUGGCCAGACCGCGCGCUCACCCCCUAGCUCAAAACCCAGGCCCUCUCAGCACUCCCGGUCCUCGCCCUCCCGCAGAGGCUGCGUGACUCUUCCCCCACCACCCUGCCUCUUGGCCGCUCAGGAACCUUCGCGGUUCUGGCCCACCUCAGUCACCCUUGGGCCCUGGGCGCCGGUCGCCGCCCCUCCCGGGCCUGGCUUCCUGUCCGGGGUCGGUCCUAACCCUUUGCCUGGGCCCACGGCCUACACCCGGUCACUUGCACACACUCCCAGUAGUGGCCCACAGACGGGACUAGGCCUCAGCCCAGUCCCCAGGCCUUUGGCCUACUCCACCUCGUUUCCACACACUCCCAGUAGUGGCCCACAGACGCGACUAGGCCUCAUCCCAGUCCCCAGGCCUGUGGCCUACUCUGCCUCGUUUCCACACACUGCCAGUGGCGGCCUGCAGACCAGACUAGGCCUCAGCCCAGUCCCCAGGCCUGCGGCCUACUCUGCCUGGUUUCCCCCCACUGCCAGUUGUGGCCUGCAGACGGGACUAGGCCUCAGCCCAGUCCCCAGGCCUGCGGCCUACACUUCGGCCUACCCCACCACGCCCUCAGCCACUCCCAGGCCAGGGCUGAGGAUUGGGGCCCCCGUCGCCACUCGGGAACCGCCCCAGGGCCCUUCUCCAGACUUCUCUGACCCACCCUCACUGGAGGGCAGCUGCUCCUUCCUUUAG